AUGCAUGGCACCCUUUGCUCUAGUUUCUUUUCCAAGACCGCCGUCCGCCCGCAUUGCGCUUGCGCGCGAGCGGCGGUGUCUCUGGCUUGGCUGGCCGCGCAUUCGGCGCAAGAGACAGCUGCCUUCAUCAUCCACUUCCCCGACCAGACUAGGGGGCUUCCCGUCGAGCCUCGAUCAUCACAACGCGCCACACGCCUUGGAAACAAGAAGAAAAAGCGAAAGGAUCUGACAGCACCGGAACGCGUCUUGCGUACACGUCACAAUGUCGUCCGAGAACGAAAAGAAGGCGUCCACUCCCCCGGCUGGGAGACGUCCUCCGCCGUCGGUGAAGUCGAGUCCGCCAACAAUGUGCCCGACUCCCUCGCCGUCGACAAGGCCCGCGAGAAGGAGGUCAUUAGGAAGCUUGACAAGCGUAUUGUCCCCACUGUCAUGUGGUGCUACCUCAUGAACAUGAUGGAUCGAGUCAACAUUGGCAAUGCUCGUCUAUUCCAUAUGGAGACUGAUCUCGACUCAAGGGCGAUCAGUUCCAGAUGGCCGUCUCCCUUCUCUUCGUCACUUACUGUCUGUUCGAGGCCCCUCCAACAUGAUCAUCAAGAAGAUGCAGCCCGCCCGCUACCUCGCCGGUCUCACCCUCGCCUGGGGCUUCGUCGCCACCUUCAGCGCCUUUGUCCAGAACUUUGCCGGUCUCGUCACCUGCCGUCUCCUCCUCGGUCUCUUCGAAGCCGGUUUCUUCCCCGGCGUCGUGCUGUACCUCUCCAUGUUCUACGGCCGCCGCUCCUCGCUCUCCGCGUCGCCUACUUCUUCGCCACCGCCGCCGCCGCCGGUGUCGCCGGUGGUCUCGUCGCCUACGGCAUCAGCUUCAUGAACGGCUACGCCGGCUGGAACGCCUGGAGGUGGAUCAUCCUCAUCAACGGUCUCCCCACCAUCGUCACCGGUAUCGCCAUCUACUUCAUCCUGCCCAACGACCCCGAGACCGCGCCCUUCCUCACCGACGACGACAAGGUCGUUCUCCGCAAGAUCCACGACAAGCAGAUUGGCCGCGCCCACAACCUCCGCCACAUGGUCAGGGAGGACGUCAUGGACGGCGUCAAGGACUGGACUACCUGGGCCUACUGCUUCGCUCUCUUCCCCACCCUCACCAUGUUGUACUCCUUCGUCGUCUUCCUUCCCACCAUUGUGCACGGUCUUGGCCAGUGGAACGCUGCCGAGGUCCAGGCCAUGACCGUCCCCGUCUACGCCGUCGGCGCCCUCGUCUACAUCCUCUCCGCCAAGUUCAGCGACAAGACUCAGGUCCGCGGCCCCUUCGUCAUGGGCGCCAUCGUCUCCUCCAUUGUCGGAUACGGUAUGCUCAUCGCCCAGAAGGGCACCGCCGUCUCCUACACUGGUUGCUUCUUCGUCUCCAUCGGCAUCUUCACCUCGUCGGGUAUCUCCUUCGCCUGGGUCCCCACCAACAACCCUCGCUACGGAAAGCGCGCCUUCUCGACCGGCAUGCAUCUCUGCAUCGGCAACUCCUCCGGUGUCGCCUCUCCCUUCCUCUUUGCCAGCAAGUACGCUCCUCAGUUCAGGCCCGGCUAUGCUGCUUCCAUGGGCAUGCUCGUUGUCUCCUUCACCCUCAACUUGAUUCUCCACCUCCACUUCAAGCGCCAGAACAAGCUCCGUGACGAGGGCAAGCAGGACUACCUCAUUGAGGGCAAGACGGAAGACGAGAUCGAGGCCAUGGGCGAGAAGAGCCCUAGAUUCCGAUUCGCCAUCUAA